GAGUCCAGGAAAACAAGGAAGUGAUAACCAUGUUCACGUUACUGUGUGCACAGCUUGUCCUCUCUACCUGCCCAGGUAGCCCUUGUUUUCACUUUUGUUCAUGGUCCGUCCCGCUGGGGUUGAAGUUUCCUCGCGAUCCGGUCCAGCACUGAAAACGAAUGGGGAUUGAAUUGCUUUGCCUCUGUUUCCUAUUUCUGCAAAGAAAUAACUAUGUGCAAGGGACCUGUUCUCAGGAAAGCACAGUGACUUGUGAAGAUUGUUUGCUUUCCGGACCACACUGCGCUUGGUGUUUGCAAGAGAAUUACACAGACUCAUCUGGAAUUCAUGGGAGGUGUGAUACCCUGGAAAAUCUUUUGUCCAAAGGAUGCCAGCUGAAUUUGAUUGAGUUUCCCAUUUCAGAAGUAGAAAUUCACAGAAAUGAUCCCCUAACUGCAUCAUCCCAGGAGAACAGUUCUGGUGUCAUACAGAUUUCUCCCCAGAAAUUAACUCUGAGGCUGCGACCAGGACAUGAAGAGACAAUACAGAUCAAGGUUCGCCAGACUGAGGAUUAUCCAAUUGAUCUCUACUACCUCAUGGAUCUUUCAGCUUCCAUGGAUGAUGAUCUGAAUACAAUCAAAGAACUGGGUUCAACUCUUUCCAAAGAGAUGUCAAAACUGACAAGCAACUUUAGACUGGGGUUUGGAUCUUUUGUUGAAAAACCAGUUUCACCAUUUAUCAAAACUACAGCUGCAGAAAUAAACAACCCUUGCAGAAGUGUACCCUACGAGUGCUUACCAACCUUUGGAUAUAAAAAUGUUUUGCCACUAACCAAUGAUGCUGAAAAAUUCAAUGAAAUUGUGAAAGAACAGCGAAUUUCUGCUAAUAUAGACACUCCAGAGGGAGGAUUUGAUGCAAUUAUGCAGGCAGCUGUUUGCAAGGAAAAAAUUGGCUGGAGGAAUGAUUCUCUACAUUUGCUGGUGUUUGUGAGUGACGCUGAUUCCCAUUUUGGGAUGGACAGUAAACUGGCAGGGAUUGUUAUUCCUAAUGAUGGGAACUGUCAUUUGGACCACAAUAAUGAAUAUUCCAUGUCAACUGUUCAGGAGUAUCCAACAAUUGGACAAUUAAUUGAAAAACUUGUGCAGAACAAUGUUCUAUUAAUUUUUGCUGUAACAAAUGAGCAAGUUCACAUAUAUGAGAAUUAUGCAAAGCUUAUUCCUGGAGCUACUGUUGGACGACUACAGAAGGAUUCUGGAAAUAUUCUCCAGCUGAUCAUUGCUGCAUAUCAGGAGCUGAGGUCUGAGGUUGAAUUGGAGAUCCUGGGAGAGACGGAAGGGCUCAAUCUCUCCUUCACGGCCAUCUGUAACAAUGGGACCUUUUUUCCACAUCAGAGGAAAUGCUCUCAUGUGAAAGUGGGAGAUACAGUCUCUUUCAAUGUGAGUGUUAGUCUCUCUUCUUGUGAGAAAACCAGAAGGCUUAUCAAGAUAAAACCUGUGGGCCUCAGCGACGUGCUGGAGAUGGAAAUUCAUCCCCUCUGCAGCUGCGACUGCCAGGCCAAGGCCGAGAAGCAGAGCCCGAAGUGCAGCCAAGGGAAAGGCUCCCUGGAGUGCGGGGUGUGCGUGUGCAGCCCCGGCUACGUGGGGCCGCGCUGCGAGUGCCACGAGAGCUCGCUCGGUGCCAGCUCCUGCCGGGGCCCGGCCGAGCAGAGCUCCUGCAGCGGGAGAGGCGACUGCUACUGCGGGCAGUGCCUGUGCCACCCGUCCCCCUACGGCAAGGUCUACGGGCCCCGCUGCGAGUGCAACGACUUCUCGUGCGUGCGGCACCGCGGCCUGCAGUGUGCAGGCAAUGGUGACUGUGACUGUGGGGAAUGCAGGUGCCAUAGUGGAUGGACUGGUGAAUACUGUAAUUGCACAACUGAUACCAGCACCUGCAUGGCUGAAGAUGGGACACUAUGCAGUGGGAGAGGUGAAUGCAUCUGUGGGACGUGUGCUUGCACCCAUCCAGGGUCUUCAGGCCAAACGUGUGAAAAAUGCCCUCUCUGCGGUGACCCUUGCAGUUCCAGAUGGAGCUGUGUGGAAUGUCACUUGGCUGCUGAUGACAAGUCACUGGGAGAUUGCAGUGAAAAAUGCAAAUUGGUUGAUGCAACUGUCAGCAUGGCAAAGGAUUAUUCAGAGGAUAAAUUCAUUUCCUGCUCUUUGCAGGGGGAAAAUGAGUGUGUAACCACAUUUCUACUGGCUGUGGAUGAACAGGGAAGGACAGUCAUUCACAACAUAGAACGGAAAGAUUGUGCACAGCAUCCAAAUAUCCCAAUGAUAGUGGUGGGUGUCACCCUUGCUAUCCUUCUCAUUGGCAUUGUUUUACUUUGCAUAUGGAAAUUACUGGUGUCACUUCAAGACCGAAAAGAGGUGGCCAAGUUUGAAGCAGAAAAAUCAAAAGUUAAAUGGCAAACGGAAACAAAUCCACUGUACAGAGGCUCAACAACUACUUUUAAAAAUGUGACUUACAAGAACCAAGAUAUGCAUAAAAGACCCAUGGCUGCAGACUUCUAUUAGCACCUCCAACACUACAAACUCAGCUUUACUGGCAGGAAAUCUAAAUCUAAACUUGUUUCUUCUCAGCUGAUUAUGUGAUAUUUGUUUACAAGUUGCAGUGGUAUAACCAUUCUGUUAGAGAAUAUAUACCUUGUGUUGGGACAAAUAAAGAUAACAUAUUAGUAGUAAGGGUUAGUGGAAAUAUUUUUUAAAUGACCCUUUAAUGUUACAGCCCCAUCUUUAAAAAAUGGUGUCAAAAAUAAUUUUAAUUUUGUCUUUAAUACUGAGGAUUUUAAAUUAUCAUGUAAGCUUAUUUUUUGUUAAAUUUGAUACAUACAGUGAACUUUAUACUACUUUGUUCUUACACACAAUCCCAUAAAUUAGUCUUUAGGAAUGUAUUUGCACCCGUCUAUUUGGUGGGCUGGUUUAAAUUUAGGAAACAUUUUGGUUUUUUCAUGAAUGCAGUUCAAAUUACUGAGGAUUCAGUUUUCUCAUAUCACAUGUGUGACUGAAUAGUUUCUCAUCAGAAAAAAAAGUAGUGAUAUUGCCUGUCUUCUGUAAAUGUAAGUUAUACAGAAACAUUUCUUCUCUAAUUCUUCUUUCUUGUCCUGUUUCUCUCUUUCUUUUCCUUGUUGCUUUUUGAUGUUCUUCAAGGACCUAGGCCCUGGGAUUAUCUCAGGGAAAGUUAAAUCAAGAUAAUGAAGCCUUAUUCACCUGCAGUUGUUUUCUGCUCCAGACACAGACUGCUUUUUUUUUCCUCUUUUAAAUUCUAGUAAAAAGGAUACAGAGAAAAAGAUAAAUAUUUGUAAAUUAGAGAACCCAGUUGACACACUUUUAAACCAGAGGAUUAGCUCAACUUCAUUUCACCAUUUACAUUCUGUAAAUGAUUUGAGUGCUCACGAUACACCUCACAUGCUGGGCCAUCACACAAAGUGGCUCAGGAGCCCUUUUCAUGCAGAAAUCUUCAUACAAAAGGUUUAUUUCCACACACAAACACAGUACUUUUUUCCUGAUGUGUCCAUAGUUGUGAGGUUCUUUCAAUGCCCAGAAGCCAAACUGCUUAUUCUUGUGCAUAAUAACAUAUUCAGUUCUUUUGGGCUGGGUUGUUUGGUUUUAGGUUUGAUUUGGCUUUUUUCCCCUCAAACUAAACAACAAAAAGAUCUAUGGAUUUAACUUAAUAUUCAUUUCCAUUAUGUUAAUGAGGAAUUUCAAAUCUCCAUUUUAGCUAAUAACAAAUGAAUUGCAAUUUUUAAUUGUAAUCUGCUAGCACGCAUAGCAUUGGAUAAAGAAAGUAUAAAAGUAACUAACAUGAUGGCAUAGAAAAAUUACAACAUUGGACUACUUUAAGGUAACAAUAAUGAACUUUAUUUUCUAAUAUCACUUUUCAGCUGCAUUUUUUGCUACUCUGAAACAGAUGGUCAAAAUGUACAUAUGAAGGUACUUAGAAAUGAAGACUUAGAAAUCAAAGGUAUUUUGGCACUGUUACAAAUGAUCACAUACAUUCCCUAAGGUAAAUAGGGAGUUUCAUCUGAAAAAGUAUUGAUCUGAAUAUAUUUGAUCUGAAAAAGUUGAUGUCCAUUUUGUAAUAAAUAUUUACCAAGUCUGUGCAACUUCAGUCUCCAUAUCCUCCACAAUUUCUGGAAUUGAGACUGGUAUAUUAGCUAGCUCUGACCCAUGCCUGUUUUAGGGCCUGAUCCAAAGCCUUCUAGAGUCAAUGGCUACAGAUGUGGAUCUAGUUUCAGUGAAACUAUUAGUUUUGGUUUACAAAGAUUGUUUUGUUUAAACAAACUGAUUAAUACUGUCUAUGCGUGAAUUAGAACCGAUAUACAUAUAUCUGUGCAAAAAGAAAUAGUAUCAGAUGCCUUUGAAAAGAAGGUGAUGCUAGAACCACCAAAAUUAUAGCAGUGUGAUGGAAAUGAUGCCUAUGAUUAAACUGGAACAGAUUCACAUCUGUGUUCUGGUAUCCCUGCACAUCUCACAGUGGAAACUGCACAGAUAAAGGCUCACGUCUGUGGCGCUUCCACCACUGGACUUCCACAGAUGUCAGUUCAAGUUACACGUGGGAGCAAAUCCUGUUUCCCUGGCACAUGGAUAAACUCAUGGCAUGCAAAGCUGGCCCCUGAAUCUGCUCAGAUUCCACUUGGGGGAGGGUUGCCUAAAGGUCUAGGGAAAUCUGGACUUCACCCAUGUAGGUUAUCUGUUACUCUUUUAUUUCUCACAUAGAAGUAAUCAAAUUAUAAACUUUUUCUGAACGAAAUUAAAAUAUUUUUAUUACUUUUCAAGUAAGAAAAUUCUAUACUGUUUAUUAAAUGCCCUUUAAGUUCUGUUUCUGGGAUCUGAUUUCGCUGCUUACUAUUAGGGCUGAAAGCCUUUCUCCUGUAGGCUGCCCGUUUCAAUAUUCCAACAUAUCUCAGCCUUCAAAAGUUAAUAACAAAGUAGUGUUUGCAUUUCAUAUCAAAUGCUUGGUGCUCUACAUUCCCUGUUCCUACAGAAGAUCUCAUUUCACAAACCUUCUCAUCUUCUUCCCAUCACUUGUGUCUUCUGAUGAUCAGUAGAGAUCUAAUUUGUUAUGUUUACAGUCCAAUGGCUCCUCCUAACAAUGUCUCUCCAAACUAUCAAAGAUGUACAGGAGCCAGGCAGGAUUAUCUGCAGUUUCCCUGCUGUGACUGACUGUACUAUAAAUUUUCUGUGCACCUUCCAACUUGUCAGGGUGGAAAUCAUUCAAACAAUUAAGAAUUCAUCAGAAGAGAGAAAAUGGAAGGACUUGGUGAGGAAGGUUUCUAUUAUUGAGGGAUAUCAUCUUGACUCAUACAUAUGAGCCAUCCUUUAACAGCAUUAUUUUAGAUCAUAAAUUUUGACUAAACUCCCAGAUUUCAAGAACUUUGAAGAUCUCACUUGGUAUUCAACCUAGAAACAAGAGUGGAAUUCAUCCCUUUUUGUUAACUAUAUUAUUUUCACCUUGUAGAAUUUUUAUCAAAGUUCAUAUUUUUCUCUUUUCAAUUUUUUUUCCUCCACCAAGCUAUAAGUGAGUUUGUGUGUGGUAAGUGUGAUGAAAAAGUCUUUCUGCUGUUUUCACAAACACUGUUUUGACCUGAGGCUGGACCUUGAGAUUGGCCAAAACAUUUUUUAAUAGUAAUACUUCUAUUCACUAAUGAGUUAAAUUGAAUAAAAGAAAUAACAUCAGCAAUUUUAUGGUAUUUGUAUCUCUCAUACACCCUAUAGAAUAGUAAUUUCAGUAAUGUAUGUUGAAUGGAUAAUUUUUCAUUUGAUUAUUAAAAGGUGCAUGUAAAUUUACAUUGUAAAUGUCCAGAUUGCAUUCAAGUUUGUUUUGUAAUGUAACUAGAGGGUAGUGAGUCUGGGAUACAAGAUUUGGGUGUCAAGUGCAACAGUCUCCAUGCCUCAUCUGCCUUUAUGAAGAAGUUCAAGCUCGUUUUGCAGUGUGUAUAACAGAGUUAUUGCCCCCCAAAACUUAUCACACAUAAUCUAAAAAGAGACAAAUUUUAACUUCAUCUAUUUGAAAGAAACCAGUAAAUUAUUCAGCUUGUUUGUGUAAAAAGGAGUUAUUUGAUGUUGAAUAAAGAUUAUAAAAUUGAA